GCUAUGCUUGACUUUUUUUUUUCCAUCUCGAGAACUCAAAAGGAGUGAUGUCUACCAAAGACAAAAACGAAAAUCCCCUUGUUUUUUUUGAUAAUUUCUGCACGGUCAUCGCAAUAAUUUGUUUUCCUUUUUUUAUUUUCCAAUAUUAGUAGUCGCUUGUUUCCAUUUUUUUAAAAUCAUUUCACUAAAAAUCGUCAUUCAUAAUAUACAAAAAACCGUAUAUUCGCUCAUAUAUAAAAUCUAUGUAUAGAUAAGAGACACUAAAAAAAAAAGACAACGACAGUGUUCAGAAGAGAAAAAAAAAAAAAACAAAUUUUUUGUUUGCAAAUCCUCACUCAUCAGAGCCAUGUUCGUAUCAUUGGAAAAAAAUGGGUACAAUUGCUUCGGUGCUUCAAUGGACAUGUACAAAUUGUAACAUAAUCAAUCCAACUGAGUGUUUGAAAUGUGUAAAAUGCGGUAGUAUCCGAAGAAUUCUAUCAUCAUCAACGACAACAUUAUCAUCGGCGAAUCAUCUACAUCAUCAUCCACCAUCACAACAACAUCCAUUGUCUGGCAAGUCUGCGUCGUUGUCUGCUGCAGGAUCAUGCAAUGCAAAUGAUCCUGCUGCUGCUGCUGCUGCUUCUGCUACUUGCAGCGGAGCAUCCCCUUCUUCUAAUGGUGAAUGCCCCCAAGGAGGCUCUUGUCAAAUUCGUGCUGCUAACAUCGACAACGAAAACCAUCCACAACAGCAGCAACAACAACAAAUUGCCUCCUCCAAUACCACUCUACCGGGAUAUGUUGAAAUCAGUUCUCAUGGAAACGAGUCCCGGCGUGUUUACAAAACCCUUUUGCGUGGCUGUCUAAGGAGGCCACAAAGACAACAUCCAAAUGUACCCCAAGUCAAUUGCAUUAUCUGCGAGGAUACACGAAAGUAUAUAAAAAAUUCAAUUGAACUUUUCCAUCAUUUCUCGAAUCCAAGUUUAAAUCGUCGAUGGAUUUGCCAAGACUGUGAAUUGGAAAAUAAUUCAGUUACAUGGCAUUGUGUAACAUGUGAUAGCGUGAGCUACUUAGCACCAAUUUAUAAGGAAACCCUAGUCUAUCGCAAACAACAACAUCAGCAGCAAAAACAUUUGCAACAGCAAUACCAGCAAAAACAAAUACAACCCAAUAACCAAGCAACUCCCACUACUACAACAACAACAGCAACAACAACAAAUGCGCAACAUAAACAUCAAGCCUCGUUCGAGGAUGAUUUAACAGAAAAAAAUGAAAGAAAAAACAAAGCAAAACUGCUGAGACGUACCCGUAGUCUGAGUAUGGACUCUGGAUCGUCGUGUCGAAAUUUAUUAACAAAAAGCUGCCAUAUUUGUUUCGUUAAUAAUUGCAAAAAUAUAUUCAAUUUGCCGGAAACGAAGGAAUGCAAACAUCCGAUUAUAACAACAACUCCAACAGCAACAAUAACUGGAACAACAACUGCAGAAGCAACUAAUAUUCGUUUACCAUCGAUCGGAUUGAAUUCUUCUGGCGGGAGCGGUGGUAAUGGUGCAGUAGCAGAAGUACAUAAUCGCGAUCGACGGGUCAACUAUGAUGAAAGACACAAUAUUCGACCGGGUAACCUGUCAACGCAUAGUAUUCGAAAACCGAAUAAAUCUUUGAGCAACAUUUCUGAUACAGUUUUUGGCGAACAACCAAUACAACACAUUCAUCAAUAUCCCCGUCAGUCAUCAUUUCCUGACUCGCAAACUAGUUCUUUCAGUAGCAUUUCCAAUCAGCAUCUAUGUGAUAUUUGUGGUGUUUGUAAUCGCACCAAUGAAAAUAGUAAUUUGACAAUAACAACAUUGUCUAGAUCGUAUAGCGUCAAUGCGAAUCGUUCUUCGACUAAUCCAACUGCACACUCAACAUUUCCACGCAACGGUGUACUAAUUGCCGUUAAAGAUUGGUCGAAAAAUUCAAAUGACAAUAAUCGACCAACAAUCACAAUAGGCAGCAGUGAGGUUCCAACUACAGGAGCAGCAGGCAAGAUCGUUGAUACUACCAUCUAUGAAACCCUGUUUAAUAGUCGCGCUGGAGCUAGUUCCGAACGUGGGAAACAUUAUCAUCCAAUAGGUCAUCAUAUUCAACAUAUGUAUGAAAAUAGCACGAUUAUUCGACGGGCUAGACAAAAUCUGGAAAAAAUCAAAUUAGUCAGUGGCAGUAAUAAUCCAUCAUCAGCUGGAACUGAAGCAGUUGAAUCAACAACCGAACCAAUCUAUGCAGUGGUCAAUAAAUUAAAUAAAAGUAAGAAUAAAGCUAGAAAUUCUCAACAACUGAUGGAUGAAAUUAAACAACAUACUCACAUGGUGGGAAUAUCUGAAGCACAGAAACAACAACAACAACAGCAACAUCAGAACGUAGACUCAAUAUAUGCAUCUAUGAGUGAGUUUACUAGUUCGCCAGCAGCUAGAAAGCUAUCCAAUGUAAACAAUAUCAGCAACACUAACUGUAAUAUCAAUAACAAUAAUAAUUUUACAUGUAAACUCCCUUCAAUUGAGAUAAUGGGAAAUAUGAAAACUACAACUAGUCAUAAUAAUUCAACAGCUGGGACGGCAUCGUCUGCAGUAGCUGUAGCAGGGGUGACAGAUUCAAUGAAUGCUGCAUUAUGUGGGCAAUCAAUAGAAUCCGGAGCUAGUGAUAGAUCCGAUAUAAAUAACGAAAACGAAGAAUAUUCCAUCUACGCCAAGGUUUGGAAGGGUCCCAAAAAACCUAGUGAAUCUAAAAUUUCUUCAUCGCAUUUGUCAACUAAAAGUAUUUUAACAAAUUCUACAAACUCUAACAACGGUAAUAAUCCAGUAACGAAUCCUCCAAGAAUGUGGACAUGCACAAAAUGCUCAUACGCUUAUAAUCGUAUUUGGGUAGAACAAUGUGAUAUAUGUGAAUCAACAAGGAGUCAACCUUCAUUAACACAACCAAGUUUGAUAACUGUAACAAAAAUUGGAGAUACAGUUGCUCCAUCGAUAGAGUCACGAAAGGAACUUAAGUGCAGUACGAAAAUGGGACAGUCAAAAUCAUCUCAUGCAUUUGACGAAGUACCAUCGAUUGUAGAAGUACCAAUUGCAACAUUUGAACAGGAUUUGGAAGACGAUUUUCAUUUUAUGACAGGUGAUCCAUCUGCACAUCCAGGACAAGAAUGGACAUGUAAAAAAUGCACACUCGUUAACUCACAUUUAUCUAUGGCAUGUGUAGUAUGCGGUGGAUCAAAACUCAAAAGCAUCACAUCAAUUGAAGAUAUGACUUUAAGAAAAGGCGAAUUCUGGUCGUGCAGUCAGUGUACUUUAAAGAAUUCUUUAAAUUCAAAUAUUUGCAUUGCAUGCAAAUCAGUUCGAACUAUACCUAUAAUAUCUGGACAGCAAACUAAUUUUCGACCAUAUACAUCAACACCAGCUAACAACAGUAACAGUGGCCAUCAUCAUCAUCAAAACAAUAAAACACACACUUCGCUUCAUAAUCGGCAUGUGUUGGCAACAUUAAAUACCAAUAACUUAGGAACGGUGUCGCCGUCUACGACAUCACCUUCAUUAAAUAGUAAUAACCAAACGAAUGCAUUGUCGCCGCAACAACAUACUUCAGGGAUUUCAUCCUCAAGUCUUGUUCCACCGACGGCUAGAACAUCAAGAAGCCCAUCGCCAAGGCACGACAGGAUUUCAUCAGGAGCAAUUCCAAAGCGUCACAGUACUGGAGCGGUUGUUACACGACCAUCUUCCUCAUCAUCAUCUUCAGUAAAUGUUAAUCGUCAUAGCAGUAGCGGUUCCUCAACUUCAAUUAAAACUUGGCAAUGCCCGGCGUGUACGUAUGAAAACUCCUCAGCCAGUGUUGUGUGUGACAUAUGCUCAAGUCCACGUGGUCUCGCAAAUACUCUUCCAACAGAACCAAAUAUAACAAGUGGCAUCAUAGUAGACAUGAAUCGCCAAGAGAGUAAAUUGAUGGAAAACUUGCGCCAGAUCGAAGAGAGCGAAGCUCGUAACAAAUGGGAAAAUAUUAUUCAAUAUUGCAGAGAGAACAAUGAACUCUUCGUAGAUGAUUCAUUCCCUCCUGCUCCGAAGAGUCUGUACUACAAUCCGAUUACUGGAGGUGAUGGAAAUCCAGUUGUUCAAUGGCGUCGACCGCAUGAAAUAAACUGUGAUGGUGGAGCAUUUCCCCCAUGGGCUGUGUUUCGAACUCCACUGCCAUCGGAUAUAUGUCAAGGUGUUUUGGGAAACUGCUGGCUUCUAAGUGCAUUGGCUGUUCUCGCUGAGCGUGAAGACCUAGUGAAAGAGGUUCUGGUGACCAAAGAAAUUUGCCCCCAAGGUGCUUAUCAAGUGCGGCUGUGUAAGGACGGAAAAUGGACGACGGUGUUAGUGGAUGAUUUGUUGCCAUGUGAUAAAAGGGGCCAUCUUGUGUAUUCCCAGGCAAAAAGAAAACAACUUUGGGUGCCCUUGAUCGAAAAGGCAGUAGCAAAAAUUCAUGGAUGUUAUGAAGCUUUAGUAUCAGGACGAGCUAUUGAAGGUUUGGCGACUCUAACAGGUGCUCCAUGCGAAAGUAUUCCGCUGCAACCAAGCUCUCUUCCAAUGCCCAGUGAAGAUGAACUUGAUAAAGAUCUUAUAUGGGCACAAUUGCUAAGCUCAAGAUGUGUGAAGUUCCUGAUGGGAGCAAGCUGUGGUGGUGGCAAUAUGAAAGUAGAUGAAGAUGAAUACCAAAGAAAAGGACUGCGACCGAGGCAUGCAUAUUCGGUGCUAGAUGUAAAGGACAUUCAUGGUCAUCGACUUUUGAAAUUAAGAAAUCCAUGGGGACAUUAUUCGUGGCGAGGUGAUUGGUCGGAUGACUCAGAUGUUUGGACUGACGAGCUAAGGGAAAUUUUAAUGCCCCAUGGAGCAUCGGAGGGAGUAUUUUGGAUAUCGUUUGAGGAUCUUCUCAAUUACUUUGAUUGCAUCGAUAUUUGUAAAGUUCGAUCUGGUUGGAAUGAAGUGCGACUUCAAGGAACUCUUCAACCACUGUGUUCAUUGUCAUGUGUAUUAUUGACUGUGCUAGAACCAACUGAAGCCGAAUUUACACUCUUCCAAGAAGGACAACGAAACUCGGAAAAAUCACAACGAUCACAACUCGAUUUGUGUGUAGUUAUUUUCCGUACUCGUUCACCAGCUAGUCCAGAAGUUGGUAGAUUGGUAGAGCAUAGUAAACGGCAGGUCCGUGGAUUCGUUGGCUGCCAUAAAAUGUUAGAACGCGAUAUGUAUUUACUAGUUUGCUUGGCAUUUAAUCAUUGGCAUACUGGCAUCGAAGAUCCUCAGCAAUAUCCUCAAUGUGUGCUAGCAAUACAUAGUUCUAAGCGUCUUCUAGUCGAACAAAUUAAUCCGCCAUCACAUUUACUAGCCGAUGCCAUAAUUAGUCUGACACUAACUAAAGGACAACGACAUGAGGGCCGUGAAGGAAUGACGGCGUAUUACUUGACGAAGGGUUGGGCUGGUCUGGUUGUGAUGGUCGAAAAUCGGCAUGAAAAUAAAUGGAUUCACGUGAAAUGUGAUUGUCAGGAAAGCUACAACGUUGUUUCAACGAGAGGAGAAUUGAAGACUGUCGACUCCGUGCCUCCAUUACAAAGGCAAGUGAUAAUAGUCCUGACCCAACUUGAAGGAAGUGGGGGUUUUAGUAUUGCCCACCGGCUGACGCAUCGAUUAGCAAAUUCACGUGGUCUCCAUGAUUGGGGUCCACCGGGUGCUACACACUGUCCCCCUAUUGAGAAUGUACAUGGUUUGCAUGCGCCUCGUUUAAUAACGUGAUUGAU